AUGAAAAUUAUGGUUAAGGUGAACUUUAUUGGGAAUAUUGGAGCGCCCCUUUUUUUCUUUGAUAUACGACCAGAAGUAUUUAGGAUCACGCAGUUUCCAAUCCAAGUGAGGAAUCCCAAUUGUUUGACUGAUGAAGAAUUAGCUGCUUUUCAUGAUGAAGAUCUAUCUGAAGAACAAAUAGUGGGUGGAGACGAUUCAGCAGAUUCCGAAGAACAAUUCGAACUUAGUGAACAUGAAAGCAAUUCAGAACAAGAGGCUAGUGGCGAUAACAAUGUCGAUAAUUUGGUAAAUGAAGAUGAACAUUCAGAUUAUUCAGUUACGGCAACAACAGCUCUUCAAAAUGCAAACGAUGGCGAUGGUCCAGUUUACAAAACAAAGCAUAACUUGGAAUGGAGCAAAUUGCCUCUGAAGAAAAAGUCAAAGACACCUGCAAAAAACAUUUGUAAAGAACGUUGUCAUCCCCUCGUCCCAAAAAGUGAGAUAUCAAACGAAAUAUCUGCUUUUGAGAAAUUUAUAAAUGCUGCGAUGGUUGAAGAGAUUGUAAGAUGUACAAAUAUUUUUAUCAGAAGAAAACAGGAAAAUUAUGCGCGAGAGAGAGAUGCACGUGAGACAAAUAAGGAAGAAUUUUUGGCAUUCUUGGGACUGCUGAUUCUCUCCGGUGUAAAAAAACAAGGUCAUACCAAUUUUCACGAAUUGUUUAGCGCCGACGGAACGGGAAUAGAAAUAUUUCGAGCUUGUAUGAGCGCAAACCGUUUCUUGUUUCUUCUUUCUGUAGUCCGAUUUGACGAUGUGGGCACUAGAGAAAACAGACGCAUAACCGACAAAAUGGCAGCAAUACGACAUAUAUUUGAUGCAUUUGUUGCAAACUGCAAGGGCUCUUAUUGCGUUGGAGAGUUUAUGACAAUUGACGAGAUGCUGAUUCCUUUCCGAGGAAGAUGCAGUUUUAUUCAGUAUAUGCCAAACAAGCCGGCAAAGUAUGGACUAAAAAUUUUUGCUUUAUGCGAUUCCAAAACAUUUUACUUGUCUAAUUUAGAGCUUUACUGUGGCAAGCAGCCAGACGGACCUUAUGUCUGUGAAAAUUCUCCACAAGCAGUUGUCAGUAGGUUGACAAACGACUACGUUGGAAAAAAUAGAAACUUGACGACUGACAAUUGGUACACGAGUUACCCACUUGCAGAGGAUUUACUAAACAAAAAAACCACAUUAGUUGGCACAUUGAGAAAAAAUAAAAAAGAGAUACCUGCCGAACUAUUACCUAAUAAAUCACGACCAAUUCCAUCUUCAAUAUUUGCGUUUCGGAAGGAUAUGACGCUAGUAUCCUAUUGCCAAAAAAAAAAUAAAGCUGUGAUACUACUCUCGACUAUGCACGCCGACGAUAUUGUCGACAGAUCUUCAAAUAAGCCUGAUAUCGUUUUGUUUUACAAUUCUACUAAAGGCGGAAUUGACACCGUUGACGAAAUGUGUGGUAAUUAUUCGGUACAAAAACGAACAAGACGCUGGCCUCUGGUUCUUUUUUUCCAAAUGAUUAAUAUUGCGGGAAUAAACUCUAACAUAAUUUAUAAAUACUUUCACAUAGACUCCAAUAAACAGCCACGACGUAUUUUUCUGAAAAACGUUGCAUUGUCUUUGAUGAAGCCUCAUCUGGAAACUCGAGCAAACAUUGAGACGCUUCCUAUAGAUAUAAAAGGCUUUCUUUCUAAAUAUAAAAAAACUUCAACGAACAUUGAGAGGAAUGUUACAAGAAAUCGAGGUAAAUGUGUCUUUUGCGAAAGUAAGAAAAAUCGCGUUACAACCAUCACAUGCGACUUGUGUGGUAGACUAGCAUGUAAAGAACACGUAGUAAAAACACAAGAAUGCGUAAGCUGUCGUAAAAGUAGAACAGAAGAGCAAGAAUAA